AUGCCGGGCAGGGAGGAGCGCGGAAGGAAGACAUGGCCGGCCGGCGGGGAAGCGGGCCCGGCCGCUCUGCAGAAGCACCGCCACCGCAGGGCCCGCGGGACACACUCGGCCGCGCAGGCGGCGUCCGCCCCGCCCCGCCCCGCCCGGGACAAAGCCCGCAGCCCGCGCGCGGCCCCCGCUCCCCCGUGGGCGCCAGGCCCCGCCCCCGCCGCCGCGGCCCCGCCCCCGCCCAUGACGUCACCGCGGCGGCAGGCCCCGCCCCUCCCGGCCCCGGCCCCGGCCGGCCGGCCGCAUGACGUCAGCGAGGCCCCACCCCUCGGGAGCGAGUUCGGUCCUGGCGUUCAUUUCAUUCCUGGCCUCAUUCCGCACAUUCUUCGCAUCGCUCGCGCCGCGCCGCGCCGCCCGAGCCGAGCCGAGCCGAGCCGAGCCGGCCCCGCCGCCCGCCGCGGGCGCCCCCCGAGCACUCGGCGGACUCGCCUCCACCCGCGGGCCAGCCCGCUCGGCGGGGCCCGGGCCCCCGGGGCGGCCGCGGCUGGGGACGGGCCAUGCAGUGAAGCCCCCUCGCCCCGGGCCGCACCCCGCACCCCGCCGGUCCGUCCGCCCGUCCGCCCGUCCGUCCGUCCGUCCGCCCGCCCGUCCUCCGCUGCCCGGUGCGCGCGGGGCUGGGCAGGGCUGGGGUGGCCCGGGCCGGGCAGCGGGAGCCGGACGGCGAGCCCAGCGCGGGGGAAGCGGCGCCGCCGCCGCCGCCGAAGUUUUCCUGCCGCGGACUCGCCGGGCGCCGCCGCCGCCUUCGCGGAGGUUUAUUUUCUUGAAAAGGCUCCAGGCUUCGGCUUGGAAUACCCAACCGCCAAAAUUGAGCCCGGCAGCUGGAGCGGCAGUGAAAGCCCUGCCGAGAACAUGGAGAGGAUGAGCGACUCUGCAGAUAAGCCGAUUGACAACGAUGCAGAAGGGGUCUGGAGCCCAGACAUUGAGCAGAGCUUUCAGGAAGCCUUGGCUAUCUACCCGCCUUGUGGACGGAGGAAGAUCAUUUUAUCAGACGAAGGCAAGAUGUAUGGAUGA